CGUUGUUGCAACUACGGAAUGUUUUCAAAGGCGGACCGGAAACAGCGUGAGGCGUUAUUGAAGCAUUCUUGAGAUCUGUUCAACUUGGUAAUUCUAAAAAAUUCCACGAAGACACAAAAACAUCCAUAAAGAAAAGAUAAUGUUGAGAAAUGCCUCUGCGCAGAUACUUAAACAGUUCGUCAGACACAGGACUACAGAUACAAGUCUGAUUUUGGAGAGAUCUAUUAACAAGGUGCAGUUGCUCGGGCGUGUGGGGCAAGACCCUGUCAUGAGACAGGUAGAGGGCAGAAACCCUGUCACCAUCUUUUCUAUGGCAACAAAUGAGAUGUGGCGUUCAGGGGAGGGAGAACCCACAAAUACAGGAGAUGUCAGCCAGAAAACAACAUGGCACAGAAUUUCAGUAUUCAAACCAGGUCUCAGAGAUGUGGCAUAUCAGUAUGUGAAAAAAGGAUCACGAAUUCUUGUUGAAGGAAAGCUUGACUAUGGUGAAUAUGUGGAUAAAAACAAUGUCAGGCGACAAGCAACAACUAUUAUCGCAGAUAAUAUUGUCUUUUUAAGUGAAAAUGUCCGAGACCAGUUGUGAAAAGCUUUCUUAGACUUUAGGAACCAAAAGAAGAUGGAAGAUAUUUUGUAUAGUGUUACUCUGCUCAUUGACAAUAAACUUGUGGGACUUUAUGCCUGCCCUUAACAGUCAUACAUUAACAAAUGAAGAAAAGUUGUUAGGUUAAUUCACAUGCUCUCUUAUUUCCGAUAGAGGGCGUCAGUGGAAUGCACUUUGGCAUGUAAACAAUGUUCCUGCCCCAUAAACUGGAUUGGGCGGUUUUUGUAACAGAAUUAUACAUUUACUUUUUUUAGUAACUUCGAAAAUAUUAAAGGUAUGUUGAAAAAUCA